AUGUCUAGUAAUUGGUUUCCUUCUUCUGUUGAACUUUUAGGGGCCACUGGAGGUGUUCUGUACAAAGAACUCUGGCAUGCCUGUGCUGGACCUUUGGUUAGUGUGCCUCGAGAGGGGGAGCGUGUCUAUUAUUUUCCCCAGGGCCACAUGGAACAGGUAAUCGGGUUUUCGGAUGCGGUCUCCUGAUCACCUUGUUAGUUUCCUCUUUGGGAACUUUGCCUUGAUCAUUAGGUAAAUAGUGAUUCGGUAUUCUUUCUCAUUUAUUACAGCUUGAGGCAUCAACCAACCAAGGUCUUGAUCAGCAAAUACCCUUGUUCGAUUUGCCAUUUAAAAUUCUCUGUAGAGUAGUACACGUACAACUUCAGGUGACCUCUAACGAUCUUUGAUUGUGGUUUUCUGCUAUGUUUGCGUACAGUUUUCGUUCUCUUCACCCUUAAUUAAUGGUAUUCCUUUUUCCUUUGAUUUGACUGUGAUUUUCUACUGUAGGCUGAACAGGAAACAGACGAAGUAUUUGCACGGAUCACGCUACAACCCGAGGCCGACGUAAGUAUUUUCACUCUAAUGACAGGAAAUGAAUGCAUAUUCGAUGUAUCCAGUAUUAAAGUAAAAAUCUUUUAGCUAUGAUCCCAAUGGUUUGGGUCGAUUCUUUUAAUGGAGAGUACUGCAAAGAAGUUAUCUUAUGUGGCCUCUAGUUUCUUCAGAUUUGGAUACAUUGAUAAUCAAGAAUGUUUACCUGCUUGUUGUGUGCAUUCUGUUCUGUAUGACUUGCUCUCUAAUAUUUCUUUUGCAUUUCAGCAAAGUGAAGUAACGAGUCUAGAUCCUCUGCUUCCUGAAGUUGAAAAAUGUAAAGCUCACUCUUUUUGCAAGACACUUACGGCUUCAGACACAAGCACUCAUGGUGGUUUUUCAGUUCUUCGGAGACAUGCUGAUGAAUGUCUCCCUCCACUUGUGAGUUCACGUAUGCAUAUUUAUGAUUUGAGUGACUUGGAAUUUUAUCUGCUCAGCUGUUUUUACUCUUGUUUUUUUUUCCCAGGACAUGACUCAGCAACCACCUUGCCAAGAUCUUGUUGCCACUGACUUGCAUGGCAAUGAGUGGCCUUUUCGUCACAUAUUUAGAGGUUUUGCCUUUUCCUUCCAAGCAUUACUAGAAUGCCGAUUACUUUUUAUAAUCUCCGACUUACAGUUAUUGUUGAUGACUAGUUAUAUUGAAUAUCAGCAUAUAAUUUAUGCACGGGUAAAAACAAAGUUUGACAUUUGACUUUAUGUAUUUAUUAAAGAAGGUAACGUAAAAGCUUUUCCUUUAUUUUCAUUUCUUUCUUCUUCAGGGCAACCACGGAGACACUUGCUUACGACAGGAUGGAGUGCCUUUGUUAGCUCAAAAAGAUUGGUUGCUGGUGAUGCUUUUAUAUUUCUAAGGCAAGUGACAGUUACAUUUUUUGAGCUGCUGUAGUUCCACGAGCUUGCAGCUUACCAUAAAGGUGCUUUGGUCUUCUUUUUUUCCUGAAAAUAAUUUGAUGGACUGGUUGCCAGAGGCGAGAAUGGAGAGCUACGUGUAGGCGUGAGGCGGCUCAUGAGACAAUCAACUAACAUGCCAGCAUCCAUCAUAUCUGGACCCAGCAUGCAUAUUGGUGUUUUGGCUACUGCUUCUCAUGCUGUUAAAACUGGGACAAUUUUCUCUGUAUUCUACAAGCCAAGGUUUAUUUUCCUCAACCCUUCGCAUUUAAUUUUCUAAUAUUUCAUUUCUCCCUUAAGAUGAUUUUAAGGCCGUGACAUGUGGAAAAGCAUGCUUUUUGCGGUGCUAUAAAUUCAUCGUGAAUCCAUUUUCUGUGAAUUACUCAGCUUAUUUCCAUCAUCGUAUGCCAAUCUAUAAACCAUCUUUGAUUGAGACAAAGGAGAUUUUGAAGAAGGAUCAAUGUCAAUGGCAGUGUCUACUUCAAUAAACAGAAUGAUAGGUUAGGGCAUAUCUGGAUGUGAGGAGUAGGACUAAUUCUCAUUGACUGUGUUAAUUCGGGGUUCUUUUGAUUCCAACGCAAGUCAUUAAAUUAUCAAUGAGAAGCGAUAGCUAUUGAUCUUCCCUGUAGGCCCCUAUGAGCUACAUUAUCCUUAGUUUUUAGCCCUCCGAUAGGCUCUCUUAGAAUAUUCCCUUAGAUGUGUCGUUGACUCCAUUCAGUAUAAGGAUGAAUAACCCCACGUUCACAGUAGUGGAUAGAUGAAUGAAUUAUUACUCUUUGGCUGGAUUUUGCGUCAACAUUGGUUACGAUGUAAAUAAUUAGACAAAAUUAGAUUGUCGAAUUACUCCACGUAAUUCCCAUUUACGAACAGUGAGGAAGGGAUGCCAUUUGGGGUACAAUGAGCCGUGUUAGAGAGGGGAGAUGGCGGUUUCUUCACUCGCUCAUUAGAGUUUCAGGACCUGGGAGGGGAUGUAUGACAGGUACUCCGUCAUGGGGAUAGUUUUGGUCCUUUUUCAUUAAAACUCGUUGAUUUUCCACUGGUUUGAUUCAUAUGAGGUACACUAUAGUCAACAUGGGUAAGUCUGGAAGUACUCAGAGGUAUGUUUUAAGGUGGAAUCAUUGUUAAUAAUUCAAAUGCCUAGAUGGAAUAAAAUAAAAAACAUUAAUUUUUCGGAAUGCAUCCAUGCGUACUUACUUGACAUGAUUUACUUCGGAAUACAUGAUUUAUUAAAUUUGUGUAGACGAAUUGAUUUGCUUGCUAACCUUGCAGUAAAGAAGCUUUUCGGCACGUACUAAUUUAUUUGUAGAUAUUCCUUGUUCACAUGCUCUCUUCUUCUAGAUGCUUGGGUUUCACAGUAACGGUUCCAUUCGGACUCGUGUUAAGUCUCCAGAGCCCAGUAAUUGAGUGGCACUUUUAUAUUCUCUGAACACGCCAAUUAAUGCGAAAACAAUGCUGUUUGUCGCAGAACAAGUCGAUCAGAAUUCAUUGUCAGUCUCAACAAGUAUUUGGAAGCGAAACAGCACAAGCUGCCUGUUGGGAUGAGGUUUAAGAUGAGAUUUGAGGGUGAAGAAACUCCUGAGAGAAGGUGCGCUAAGCCCAGCUACUUUAUUCAAUGAUUCCUUGAUGCUGAUGCUACUUACUGAUGCAUUUCUUCCCUGCGAUCUUACAGGUUCAGUGGCACAAUAAUCGGCGUUGGGGACUCCAUCUCAUCUCGUUGGGUUGAUUCAGAGUGGAGAUCCAUCAAGGUAGCCAAUCUGAUUGGUGGAAAUUUUGAAAAAAUGUUAAUGGGAAAUUAUCAGAAAAUGGAUCUCCAGUUUAAUGAAACUUUAAUGAAAAAAAAUAAGCCCGAACAUUCGUGGACUUUGUCAUGUUUUAUUCGAGAAUGCAUCAUAUUUCUGCAAAUGUUUACUGACGAGGAAAAUUGUUGGCAGGUCCAAUGGGAUGAGCCUUCAGCAAUCUCUCGACCAGAACGAGUCUCCCCAUGGGAAUUAGAACCACUUGUGGCCAGCUCUCCUGUUCCCCAACCGGCAGCGAGGAACAAGCGGGCGCGUCAGCCUAUUUUACCGUCAUUGACACCAGAGCUUCCACCAGUCUUCGGUACCAUAAAUCCCUUCACUAUUCUACCUCCCCCCCUCUCUUUCCAAUACUACUGAGGGUUUCUCUGACUGGGUUCCAGAGUUUUCGGCCAAUGGUUGAAACUAUUGAUCUCCUUUCCUGCUUCGUCGUGCUGAGAUUCCUUCCUUGUGGACGCUUCUUGCUGCCUUGAGCAGGUUUGUGUAAGUCUCCAGCGGACGGCUCCCAGAGUCUCUCGUUCACAGGUCGCCAUGGAGGCCGAGAUCUGUUCUCACCAUCCGCCGCCGGUCUUCUCUCCUCCCCGGGAUCAGUCUCUGGGUCGGCGGGGUUCGCCGGAAGCAAUGCUUCGCCGGUGAAUCCAGGUGGCUCGAUGUAUUGGCCGAUCAGAGCGGAAGCCAGCAGGGAAGACUCGUUCUCCAUCUGCGUUAACAGAGAACCCUGCGAGAGGAAGCCGGAGACUGGAAAUGGGUGCAGAUUAUUCGGCAUCCAGCUGGUGGAGGGCUCGGUGGCGGAGGAGACCUCAACGUUGGCGGCCGUUCCGGUGGGCGCCGGAGGGCCUAUGGCGCUGGACGCCGCAGCAGAGUCUGAUCAGCUGUCUCAGCCUUCAAACGCCACCGCGUACGAUGUCCCUGCUCGGAGCAGCGGCGACCCGGAUAAAUCUUGCCUCCGUUCGCAGCAUGAGACCCAAAGUAGGCCGAUCCGGAGCUGCACGAAGGUAACGCCGACGGAGAACCCGUUUUCUCUUUUGGAAUGUUUUCCAGAGGAAGUGUGA